CAAAAUACGGCGACGAAAACAUAAAAAUUUUGGGAGUCGCAAAACGUAAAAUUACCGAGCAAGCCCGCAUUCAGUAGCUUGCGAAGGAGUUGACCAUUUUUACUCCAAGGUGUGGACAAAACUCGAAAAUGGGAGACAAGGCCGAGAAGAUUGCUGCUGCAAGGAAAAAGCUGAAGGAGUACCAAGCGAGGCAAAAGGAUCGAACGGAGACGGAGAGCAACCAGACGGAAGAAGAACCCACUCCCCCCGACCGGUCAUCGGCCACCUCGUCCACAACGAACGAAGUGGCCGCUUACUUACCGCCACCGAGUCAGCGACCAGAAACCGAUAAUCCGUACCGUACACCCGCGAACGAUGCAACCACGACAAACCUUUCGCACUAUUUUGCGGCCACCACCAGCAGCGAUGGACCAGCCGAGUACCCCUUUGGCAACCAGGUGUCGUCGACGACCGGUGUUUGCGAACUGUUCGGUGCCGCCGAACCACAGAUUGCACCAAUAGCGACCGGAUCGGUGGCUGUGCGGGAACCAGCCGCGGUUCCGGUCGAUGCGAGCGUCUACAGCAUUAGCAAAAUUUCCGAUGAAAUCGGCAACUUGAUAGCGAACGCGAACGCCGACCUUGGGCCGCAGAACACGAUCCUUGAGCUGGAAUCGGAGAAGGCAGAUCUCGGACGGCAGCUGAAUGCGCAAAGGCUGGAAAACGAUGAGCUGCGACUGCGGCUGCGCAACAACCAGUCGUUAGUCGACGAGCUGCAGAUCGAGAUCGAGCGGUUGCGGGUAGAGAACAGCACACGGGUGACGAUGGAGCUGGGACCGCUGCAGGAACAGUUGCAGCUUCAAAUUCAGGCGGUUGGCGUGUUGGUUGGUGAAAAGGCGGAACUGACCUCUUCGCUGGCCAAAUGCCAAUCGUUGGUGAAGGAACGGACGGUAGCCUACGAGGAGUUGCACAGUCGACUGGUGGCUAGUGAGUCCACGGUAAAACAGUUAUCCCGCCAGCUGGAGGAAGUGCGCAGUGAGGGACAACGGUAUGAGCGGCUAGAGGAAACCAUCGGUACUCAGGUGGCCGAAUAUCAGCGGGAGGCGGAACGAUUCCGCAAGCUGCACGACGAUCUGCAGGAAGACCUAGCCGAACUGCGGCAGAAGCUGAACGUUCGCAACGAGGAAUACCAAGGGGCACAGCUAGCACUCGAACAGACACGGUCGGAUCUUGCACUGGCCCGGAUACGGAUCGAUCAGCUAAGCGGCACUGACGGGGAGGGCCACGAGGACAGCAAUGCAAAGAUCGAAUCGCUUACGCAACAGAACAUGAUCAAGGCGCAACAGCUGAAGGAUUUACAGGAAAUGGUGAAGCAGAUCGGUGUCGAGCGUGACCAGAGCAACCAACAGUACCAGAGCUACGUGCUGCACCUGAACAAGGAGAUAGCUAACCUUGCGGAGAAGAUCGUGGAGCUGACGAAUGAAAACAACAAGUUAGCCAAGAGUGAGGAAGCGGCCGUAAGAUUCGCGAACGAGCUUGAACGCCAAAUACAGCAACAGUUGCAGCGUCAGCAAACACUGACACAAGCGGCUCGAGACACGUCGGACGCACAGGCUCAGGAGCAGCAACCGCAUGAGGAUGCGGCGUACAAGCAGAAGCUCGCAGCGCUUCAAAAGCGCUACGACGAGCUGGAACGGGAGUGUGAUGCGUUGAAGGCUGCAGUGAAAGCAAAGGAUGAGGAGCGAAGUAGCUGCGAAACUCUGCUGAAGCAGUCGAAGGAGCAGAUAACGUUACUACAGCUAACUGUCGAGCGAUUGCAACUCGAUAAGCCGGACGUGGCGAAGCUUCUGGCGGAGAUAGAAAGCGGAAAGGUGGGCGCUUCGCGAGCCGUUACGCAGAACCGUGAGCUGAAGGAGCAGCUGGAGGAGAUGCAGCGUGCAUUUGUACAGAUUAGCAAUGAUAAGCUAAAUCUAACCGAUCAGCUGCAGACCGAGCUGCAUCUCGGUAAGGAAAUGAAGGCCAACUAUGGCCAUCUCGAGACGGAGCUAGCGACCAUCCGCGAACAGCUGCACUACAAGGACGAAGAGAUGAUCCGGUUGGCACACGAGAACACCGAGUUAACUAAGCAGGUGCUGCAACAGAGUCAGGAGAUCGAUCGACUAAGGUACUACGAAUCGCGUUCGAACGAUGCGGCUACGCUGCAACGUGAGCUGGAAACACAACGUCAAACAGUUGAAGAGCUAGAGCGUCAGUUACGCAGUACCUCGCCUUCAUCCGACAUGCAGCACGCUAAAAUGAAUGGCGUCGAGUCCGGAGAUGCACCGGCGGCGGCGGUGACGGAAGAUCGAGAUGCCGAGCGGCGUGAGAUCGAAACGUUGCGGCAGGAAAAAGAGGAGUUGCUGCGUGCACUGAACCGUUUCCAGCAGGAUCGCGCGGCUGUAGGCAGUGAUACGGUAGCGGAGAGCGAACGGCCAGGUGGUGAACGGCGAUCAUCGAUCGUCAGUAGCAUCCCGACGCAGGAGGCGAUGGAAAAGCUGCAGGCACGCUUCAAGCGAACGAUGAUGGAGGUUGCGGAACUGACGGAGGAACGGCAACGACUCGAGCAUCUUGUGAUGCAGUUGCAGGGAGAAACGGAAACGAUUGGCGAGUACAUCACCCUCUAUCAACAGCAGCGUCGUAUGCUGAAGCAGAAGGAUAUGGAGCGCGAUUUGCAGCUGCAGCAGCUGGCAGAUGAUCGUGAAAUGAUGAAACUAAAGCUCAAGGAGCUUAACUAUCUCGUCCAUCGUUUAGUGCACGAGCAGCAAGGCAACGGCGUUGAUGCCGGUGCUGACCAUCACCAUCACCAUCACCAUGAUCACAGGCACCUUUCCGACCCCGGUGUCGAUGAUCGACCGAUCUCGACUACCAGCGCUGCCCAUUCCGGAUCCGAGCAUCCUCCAACACCGGUCAUUGAAGCGAUCGCGAAUGGAGAGACGAACGAUGCGCUGCCGAAGGUUCAGAUUAAAGCAACCGAAACUGCUGGUCGGAUCCUAUCCCUGCUGACCGACAUUAAAGAGGCUAACAUACCGUACGGUAGUGGGGUACAGCAUUGCUCCUGUUGCUCCGGUCGGCUAGAAACAGUGUAAGCUCGAUAGCCGAUUGUGCCGCCCUCUGCCUCCUGUCCUAUUGGCUCGUUUAUGUCUACAAGUGCUUAUAUAUGUGCAUAUAUAUAUAUAUAUAUUAUUGACCGGUUUCUGUUUCAACUGCGUUCCUUCCCAUAUUCUCUUCUAUUCAUUCCUUUGGUCGGUCGGUCUGCCGGUCGGCCGGCUCCACCCUAGCGGACGGUAACCGUGUAUUGUCAAUAAGGAUAAAGUCAACGACACAUGCCUAGCACCGUUAUUGGAUAAAUAAAAUGAGUAAGAAUAAUUAAUGGUGAAAACAAAAAAUAUGGACAAAAUAAACGGCAACAACGUGCUGCAGCUGGAAGUGGCUGGUGGAGGAGAGUACGAGAACGUGACGAAGGUGGAUGAGAAUCGGAACUAUGAGAAUGGGGCCGUGCCGUACGGUUCGCUAGAGAAGGACGGAGAACCGAAGAAGGCCAGUUCCGGGGGUGUGUACAGACAGAUGGAUCUGAAGGCGCAGGUUCCACCGUGUCCACUGCCA